GUUUCAAGCUCUGGAAAUAGGAAAAAAGACUCAUCUGCGUACGAGACGACUUUUCUCGCUUGGAAAAAAGGAUCUAUGACGCGGAAAUAAUGGGGUGAGGGUGACCCGGUGAGUGGGACAAUUGAAACAGAGGAGAAGCGUCAAGCGGUUGCUUUUCAAGAAUGGUCAUUCGUUACUGAUGGCGCCGGUCAAUGGUUGAUAAAACUCUCUCUUUCUUCUUUUCUUCUCUUCAAAAUUCGGUCUCUGGGUUCCCGUCAACGCAUUUGGGUUUUUCAGGGGUUCUGAAUUUACUUCUGGGUUUUCUCUGAUCACGAAAGAAUUUGGGUAAAGGGUUGUGCUUUUUGAAUUCUGGGUCUUUGCUUUGCAAGUUCGCUGGAGAGAUAAAUGGCGGAACGUUCACAUGUACCAGCAUUUGGCAAUUGGGAAAGUGAAGAAAAUGUUCCUUACACAGCUUAUUUUGAUAAUGCCAGGAAGGGCCGAAAUGCUGGGAAGAUAACAAAUCCAAAUGACCCUCAAGAGAAUCCAAAAUUUCUUUCUGAUUCUGCAGUUAGAGGUUCUCCAUCCAGAGCAAAAGCAGAUCAUGAUGAACCAGUAGGACUGGCCCCUGUUGGAAGGGUACAUGGUCGCCAUAGAAGCAGGGAAGAUAGCGAGCUAAAACAGUUUGCUGAAUCUCCAGCACGUAAUGAUAAUAUGCACCGCAGAGCUUCUGGUGACUCCACUCCUUCACGUUAUGGACGUGGAGUAAGUUCUGGUGAAACCCCGAAACGACCCACAAGACAUAGUACUGGGUCUGAGUACAGCAUGGAGCGUUCUCCACUCCAUCCUCAUGCAAGGGUUGCAGGGAGAGGCAUUAUGACGUCACCGGCACGGGAAGGAAAAGCUUCGCAUGAUAGUGGCCAUGGUACUCUUGGAAGAUCCAAAAUGAGACCUCGAGGCAAUGAAAGUGUAAUAACUUCUUUCUUCUUGCCUAGUAUUUUAUUUCCUGCAAUAAAUAGCAUGUUCUUUACAUUUUGGUUGUGAAUCAGGAUGGAUGGAAGAAGCCUUUUCUUUUUCUUUCUGCUUCUCUGGGAAAAUAUUUUUUAUUAUGAAACUCAUGCAUGAACUUCACUUUGGCCAAAAAAAGAAAGUCUCACUUUCUUAACCACCUAAAGUUGUAACCAUAAUUGACAAUUUCCUUGCCUCAUAGAAAGGGUUCUCUUUUUUUGGUACAUCUAAUAUCAUGGGCUAUACAACAAGAGAUAGCCUUCCCCUUUCCCCUUACAUGUCACAAGGUUCAAACUUAAGACCUCCAACAUGAAGGCUCUAACUCUUAACCAUUGGGACAUCCCCUAGGGGACAAAGGGUUUGUCUUUUUUAUAUCUGAUCUUGUUUUUGUCAACAUAAUGAAAAUUUCUCCUUGGAAACUUGAAGUAGUUCUGAACACAUUUUCUCGAGUCAAUUAAAACCCUGCUACUUGCUUUUUGCCUUUUCCAUUCUUGGAUUAAUUGGUGAUUGGGUGAAAUUUGCUUCUGCACAUUUGUUCUGAGUUUUUUGUGACUUUCUUUGUUCUGGUUUGGCAGCCUGAUAAAGGUGCUGCUGUUCCUAAAUUUGGUGACUGGAAUGAGAAUGACCCUGCAUCAGCUGAUGGUUAUACUCACAUUUUCAACAAAGUGAGAGAAGAGAGGAACAGCGGUGGAAGAGCAGGCACUGGAUCUGAACAAUCUUCAUAUCCGACCAUUCGAAAACCCACCAAUAACAGCUCUAAGGGUUGCUGCUUUCCAUGGCUCUGCAAGUGAGGCCUAUGAAUAUGUGAACGUAUAUUGUAUUUUGUGGAGUGUGGAACUUUGUAAAUGCAUGAAGUUUCUCAAAACAGAGUAGCUUCUCGGAACUGCCUAUUUGUGUGCCUUUUUCUUUUCCUUUUUUAUGGGAAGACAUGCAUCCCAUUUCUUUGGUCAUCAUUUUUGCACGUUUAUUGUAACAUGAAGACGAAGAUUCAUUCAUUCUAUUCCAACAUAUUUGGGUUUGGUUUGGAAUUGUUUUUGCAUUCUGUAUAAUUUAUUUUCCUAUUACCCAAAGGAGAUUUUAUAAAAUGGUGAAGCUAGA